AUGACCCUGUUCCUAUUCUUUUUCGCUUGGACAACAUUUGUCUGUGUUACUUGCCACUUCUACAUUCCCGAUCUCCCAGUGAAGCGCUACGUGAAACCAGGAGACAUCAACAUUGGGGCGAUCUUCCCCGCCUACAGCUACGACAAGGUGAAACCAUGCGGCAGUCAGUUACGCUCGACUGUCAUUCUGCCGUUCAUUGAAGCUCUCGUGUACACCGUGGAACAAAUAAAUAGCGAUGAUUCCAUUUUACCUCAAGCAAAACUUGGCUUCGUCAUUGUUGAUGACUGUCUUAAAGAAACCACGACCAUUGCCCAAGCAUUGUCCUUUCUCCCUCAACCAAACGUCUGCAUGUGCAACGACACCUGUUCACCGUCUAACAAAACAACGACACCUGCUUAUGACAUCAUAGGGGUCGUAGGGUCAAUGAAGAGCUCGAACUCAAUUGCAGCAGCAACACUGCUCGGACCAGCUCAUGUCCCACAGAUAAGCUAUGCUUCCUCCAGCGAUGAGCUGAGUGAUAAAACCCUUUAUCCAUACUUCCUAAGAGUUGUCCCCCCUGAUAGAUUUCAGGUUGAAGGAAUCAUUACUUUAAUUCAACGAUUCGGCUGGAGUUAUAUUUCUGUCGUAUACUCAGAAGGUAGUUAUGGGGAACUUGGCUUCAAGAAUCUGAAGCAGCGGAUGGAACAGCUAGGGUUGUGUAUAGGAACAUCCCACAAAGUUGCAGAAGGGGCUGAGCCGUGGGAGUAUGACAAGGUUGCUCUGGACCUGAGGGAUCACGGUAAGGUUGUCGUCGUCUUCUCUGGCCCGACUCACGCCAAGGAGCUCUUUUCAGCCGUGAAGCGAGCUGCUGAUUUGAAAAGGUACGUCUGGAUCGGCAGCGAUGGUUGGGCAAAACGAAUCCUCAAUUUGUCCGAAUUUUGGGAGGUAGGUCUCGGGGCCUUCACCUUCACAUUCUACUCUAAGACGGUUCCUGAUUUUACAAAAUGGUUUCAGAACAAAGACCCUAUGUCAGAGAAGAAUCCUUGGUUUAAGGAAUUUUGGGAGACUCAAUUCACAUGUUCUUUAGAUCCUUCUGUGGGUAAUCUCUGUGAUGUAAAUAUGACAUUGGCAUCUACUAACUUCAUGCCUGUGUCAACGGUCACUCCGGUAAUGGACGCUGUUCUGACAUUUGCACAUGCAGCGCACGCCCUUCUGCAAGACGCAUGUCCGAACCUAAAUGGAACCGAUGCACGUGGUUGUAUAACGGGUCCCGCUCUGCUGGACCACAUAAAGAAGCUCUCUUUCAUUGGAAACAACGGACACGUGUCUUUCGACGAGAAUGGGAACCUUCUAGGUAGAUACAUUGUGGAACAGCUGGUGAGAGAAGGAGAGUCGUUUAAGCAAGUACCAAUCGGAGUCUACGACUACGAAAGAAGCGUCAUGGACUUCGUCUUCAACGCCACCAUUACAUGGGACUACGUCAGCCGAGCUGCAGACACAGCCAUCCCCGAAUCCAUGUUCUUACAGAAUACAAAUCUUGCAUUGAAAUCAGAGCUACCUACCUAG